AUGGGCGCUGGUGGCCCCCGGCGGGGCGAGGACCCCCCAGACGGCGGCUGGGGCUGGGCGGUGCUGGGAGCCUGCUUCGUGGUCACCGGCUUCGCCUACGGCUUCCCCAAGGCCGUGAGCGUCUUCUUCCGGGCGCUCAUGCGGGACUUCGGGGCGGGCUACAGCGACACAGCCUGGGUGUCCUCCAUCAUGCUCGCCAUGCUCUACGGCACCGGCCCGGUGUCCAGCAUCCUCGUGGCCCGCUUUGGCUGCCGCCCGGUGAUGCUGGUGGGUGGGCUGCUGGCCUCGGCGGGCAUGGUCCUAGCAUCCUUCGCCACGCGCCUCCUGGAGCUGUACCUGACGGCCGGGGUGCUGACCGGCCUGGGCCUGGCCCUCAACUUCCAGCCAUCGCUCGUCAUGCUGGGGCUGUACUUCGACCGGCGGCGGCCUCUGGCCAACGGGCUGGCGGCGGCGGGCAGCCCCGUGGUGGGGGUGAAGGGUGGGGUCCCCCGCUUGUCCUUACCUCCCCGUUUCCUCACCCCAGGCUACCUGGUGGACGCGCUGAAGAACUAUGAGAUCAUCUUCUACCUGGCAGGCUCUGAGGUGGUCCUGGCUGGGGUCUUCAUGGCUGUUGCCACCCACUGUUGCCUGCGCAGCUCUCAGGACGCCCGGCCCAGCCCAGGCACCGAGGGUGGGGCCAGCGACACGGAGGACCCUGAGGCUGAAGGGGACUUCGAGCCCCUGCCCACCCAGCCGCCUGGCAGCCUUGAGGCCCUGGAGGUGCCUAGCCCUGGGGCUGGGCCUCUGGAGCCCAAAGUGGAGGCAGAGUCAGAUCCGGGGCUGGACCCAGAGUCUGUGUAGUGCAAAGGCACAGGUGGGGUGGCUGGUGACUUCAGACAUAGAGCUGCCCCUCUCAGGGCCCCCGCUGCCCCAAGAGGGUCUGGCCACUGGAGGCUGCUCAGGGGCGGUCACCCCUGGGGUCCCGGUGGGAAGCUUCCUCCCUCAUCUGCCCAACGGACUAUGGCCAGGCCCUGUCCCUACUCAGUGAAGCUGCUGUGCCUGGCCAGGGUCUGAGCACCAUGAAACUCAAGUUCAUAAAGCUCAGCUGAAAGAGGUUCUGUUCCUGCGCCUCCACUGUGGCUCUGCCUUCAACCUGG